AUGCCGUACCAUAACGCCUCCAUGAUGGCUCCAUUUGGCACUCAAUUACUCAAUGACCCUCCGGACUAUGUCGAUAACUUACCCAUUAAUUCUCCUCGUCCCGCCCGUGAAGCUGUGUCGUUACAGCUCGACCCUCCCGACGUCUGUUCUGUCUUGUGCAGAGCCGCUCCUCCAACAACCUCCCCCUCUAACCGACGAAAAUUGGUUGAUUUUUCCGUGUCGUUCAUUCUAACAACACGUGCCUGCAUACCUCCUAAAAUAAGCCUGGUUUCGUGCCGCCUCGAUUACUCCGCUCCACAUUCCGGAACACGAGGAACACUUGCUAGCAACCUGCCAAAACAACUCGUUGACAAGGGUGGAGACGUUGACUCGUACUUCAUCUCUUUGUUAACAGUAAGGGCAGUCCUCAUCCUGGCUACGCCGGAAAAGUCCUUCUAA